AUGGCCGCCCGCGCCCACACCGGCGCUGCGCUGCUACUGCUGCUGGCACUGGCGCGACCCUCACACGAGCGAGACGUGUAUCACAAGUUGUCACGCAGCGUCGAGACGGCCACGCCGAACAUUCCGGAGGUAGAACUCGAUCAACAGUUCUGGUAUGAUGAGGCGCAGGCAGCGAUCAGUGCUCGGCUGGCGCACAAGGAGAGCGUCAAGAAAGCGCGCAACGUGGUCAUGUUCCUGGGCGACGGCAUGUCCGUGCCCACGCUCGCGGCCGCGCGGACGCUGCUCGGCCAGCGCCGCGGAGACACCGGCGAGGAGGCACACCUCGCUUUUGAGAAGUUUCCUACCGUCGGACUAGCUAAGACGUACUGCGUGGACGCGCAGAUCGCGGACUCGGCGUGCUCGGCCACUGCGUACCUGGGGGGAGUGAAGGCCAACAUUGCCACCAUCGGCGUGAGCGCACGCGUGCCGCAUGGCGCAUGCGCGGCGGCGCUCGACCCCGCCCACCACGUGCACUCCAUUGCAGAGUGGGCGCUCAGCGACGGACGAGAUGCCGGUGUCGUGACGACGACGCGCGUGACGCACGCGUCCCCGGCCGGCGCGUACGCGCACACGGCGCACCGCGACUGGGAGGCGGACGCCGACGUGGCCGCCAGCUGCGCGCCGCCGCGCCAGGACGACAUCGCGCUGCAACUCGUGCACGCCUACCCUGGGGACCACUUCAAGGUAAUUUUAGGUGGAGGGCGUCGAGAGUUUCUGCCAAAUUCUACUAUUGACGAAGAAGGUUCGAGGGGCAAGAGGUUAGAUGGCAGAAAUUUGAUUGAAGAAUGGCAAGAGAGUAAGCGAGCACAGAACGUCAGCUACCGGUACGUGUGGAACCGAGAGCAGCUAAUGGACGCGGCAGACGACCUGCCCGAGUACUUACUGGGCUUGUUCGAGGGUAGUCACAUGCAGUACCACAUGCGAGCUGACCCUGCCACCGAGCCCACGCUGGCGGAGCUCACCGAGGUGGCCAUUCGUUCGCUGAGUAGAAAUGAAAACGGGUUUUUCCUAUUCGUCGAGGGCGGACGUAUUGACCACGCACACCACGAGAACUUGGUGCAGCUAUCGCUGGACGAGGCGAUAGAGCUGAGCAAGGCGGUGGAGCGCGCCGCGCAGCUACUGUCCGAGGAGGACUCGCUGCUAGUGGUGACGUCGGACCAUGCGCACGUCAUGACCCUCAACGGCUACACGCACCGCGGCAGCGACAUCAUCGGACCCUCGGACGACAAAGGAGACGACGGCGUGCCAUACAUGACGCUGUCUUACGCAAACGGGCCCGGCUACCGCCCGCCCACCGCAGCGGGCCUCCGCGAGGAUGUCACUCAGUACGAUUACCAUGAUGUGAACUUUGCGUUCCCGGCGAGCGUUCCACUGGAAGACGAGACGCACGGUGGAGACGACGUGGCUGUGUUUGCGCGCGGGCCGCACCACUCCAUGUUCACGGGGCUGUACGAGCAGAGCCAGCUGCCGCACCUCAUGGCGUACGCCGCCUGCAUCGGCCCCGGCAGACACGCCUGCCAACACUGA